AGGCAUUUGUAUAGGCGAAUGUUGCGGGCUCAUUCUCCUAGGCUAUAGUUUAGCAGCAGGAUGGUCUAGCAGAAAACAGAAAUAACUGGAACCGGUGGAGACAUUAAUGACAGCAGUGCAGCCUGAUGACUCCUCGUUCAGCCUGGUAGGGUUGCUGAGGAGCCUCUCUUCGGGGAUUCUCGUCCGCAACGAGCCCGUCGUGAUUGACAGGCUAGUACAACUCGAGAGAGAAUUGCACGAUUUGGAAAAGGAGGAUGUGGACCGUAAGGAAAUCCCCAUGUUGGAACCAGAGCUGAAUCAGGCCUCUGAGAUCUCCGACGCCGACCCCACGAAGCAGGGACCCAAAGUCUUGACCAAAGAUGGCAUUAUUAGAGGCAAAACCGUGGACAAGGCACACAUAUUUUACGGCAUCCCAUUCGCAGAUCCGCCACUGGCCGCAUACCGAUGGAAACCGCCCAGACCUGUGAGCCCAUGGAAAGGAGAGUAUGAUGCCACCUUCCCCAGGGCUGCGUGCAUGCAGGGCUGUAUUGGGCCCAUCUCUGAAGAGUGCCCAGCUAAGGUGAGUGAGGACUGCCUCUACCUGAACAUCUUUGUCCCUCGGAGUGUGGACUUCACCUCCCCUCUGCGCUCCCCCAUGCCCGUGAUGGUGUGGGUCCAUGGGGGUGACUUCAUUGCCGGAACAGCCUCCAAGCCCCUGUACGACGGCCGCUUUAUCAGCAACUUCACCCACACCUUGGUGGUGAGCGUGGCCUACCGUCUGGGGGCUUUUGGCUUCCUGGUUUCCGGUAAAGAUUCUAAGACCUCGGCUGUGGGGAAUUAUGGUAUUUUGGAUCAGCAGGCAGCCCUCCUUUGGAUCCAACAAAACAUAGCAGUGUUUGGAGGUGACCCGACCAAGGUGACCAUAUUUGGGGAGAGUGCUGGAGCCCAGAGUGUGAGUCUACACCUGAUGAUCCAGAGCAGCAAGCCGCUCUUCAAGCAGGCCGUCUUCCAGAGUCUGCCCUUCUCCAUCCCUCUCAAGACCAGACAUGAUGCCCUGAAGCUGGGGAAGGACUUUGCCAAGCAGGCCAACUGCUCAGUGAAGGACAUCGUGUGCCUGCUGUCCCUUAGCCCCCAGGCUGUUCUCGCUGCGCAGAUGAAGUCCAGCUCAAAGGUGAUCAACCCAUUCCGGUUCCUGGAGAUUUUUGAGACCUGGGGGCCUUUCAUUGAUGGAGAGCUCAUCAAAGAGCAGGCUGUGACUGCCUUCCAGAAGGGACACUGGCAAAAAGAGAAGCCAGUGCUCUUGGGCACCACAUCAGAGGAGGGGGUAAUAUUUGUGUUUGGGGUCUUUACCAAACCCGUGUCUCCAGUGGAGUGCACAGUCUACACCACGGCCAUCUUUAAACAGCACACCAUCCGCAUCCUGCGCAAGUACCUGCCGCUCUACAAGGAUGCAGACCGAAGGGACAUGCUGUCUCAGAUCGUGACCGACUACGUGUUCCUGUGUCCGUCCCGUCGCGCGGCUCGUGCCGGCGCUCUGGCGGGCAGCUCGGUGUGGAUGUACGUGUUCGACCACGUGGCCAGCGACCCACACGUCUGGUCGGGCAUGUCCAUGUGCUACGAGCAUGUGUGCCACGGCGCCGAGCUGCCGUUCCUCUUCGACUCGGCCAGCGUGGGCAACUUCUCGCUGGCGCCGCCCGAGCGCCUGCUCUCCAACCGCAUGCUGUGCUACUGGGGCGCGUUCGCGCACGCCGGAAACCCCAGCUCGCGCUUCGAGCAGAGCAACUUCUGCCUGCAGCAGCGUCCGCCCGCCUGGCCACAGUACGCCGGCUCGUCCAGCUGGCUUGUCAUGAACUUCACUGUGCACUCGCACGCGCAGGCCGGCUCUCGCAACGACAUCUGCGACUUCUGGGACAAGUUGGGCAUCUACUGAGUCCCUCUCCAGGAAAGGACAUUUUGGGGGAGGGGUAAGCACACAGGCCAGGUGAGGUACACCUAAUGGUCACCUUACACCAAACAACUUUCAUCUUUCAAGAAUCUUUCCCAAAUCUUGUCAAAGUUGUUUGGUGUAAGGAGGCCAUAAGAUGAGAUGAAACUGUAUUUAAUGUAAUGGGGGAUGUCAGGUAAUCUGUAGUGAGGUGAGAAGGAUAGUUGUAGGGCUGUUGUGA